AUGAAGAAUGCCAUGCUACCUUCGGUUUCAUCACAGCUUUAUAGCAAUGGAAACAAUGUGGAAGUCACUGAUCUCCCAUUACAGAUGGAUAGCAAAAUCGAUGUCUAUGGCAGCAACUUCUUUGAUUCAAGAUCAUAUGUUUGUCAAGAUCACCAGUUAGAUGAUGAAGGUAUUGCUGUUCAUUCUCAAUCUCCAUUGAACUAUGAACCAGGCCAAAAUUCACUCAUUUUUGUCUCAAUCACAAACACUCAUACAGUUGCAAACAUUUCAAAUUUCAGGGCCGUCCGCAUCGAUAACUGUGAAAAGACUGGAUUGCCCUUGUGGCCGUCCGCAUCGAUGACUGUGAAAAGACUGGAUUGCCCUUGUGUAGGGGAAGAGUAUCUAACUACCAUGUCCAGCUAUGGUGAUAAUUAUAUUCCUCAGCAGCCCUUGUUGUUUAGUGAGAGGUUUUCUGUUCAAAGAUGUGAUGAGUUUCAGCCAAUACAAAAUUCAAGAAAACGACCAAUAGAGAUCAAUGAGAUUAAAUCCAAGACAAGCUCUAACAAUCUGAUCAGCAGCAAGUCCACUCUGAAUGAAAGCACAUCAAAGAAGAAGAGGGCAUUGUUAUUUGAAGCACAAUGGGAUCAUACAGUUAAGGAAGAGACAAAGAACAAUCAAAGGGUGCCAGCAAGGAAAAGCCAGAAGCUAAGUGAUAGGAUCACAGUUCUUCAGAAACUGGUUUCUCCUUAUGGCAAGACUGAUACGGCUGCUGUUCUGCAAGAGGCUUCCAUUUCAAUCAAGGCCCUCCAAGAUCAAAUUCAGAGUUUGUUUGACUUGCUGAGUACCUCAUACAUCAGCACCAAAACACUUCACUCACAGAAAAUUGGGGAGAAACGACUUGACCUACGAAGCAGAGGGUUUUGCUUGGUUCCAGUAUCAUUAUUACGUUCAAAUAGUUAUGAGUUUUAG